AGACAGUCCCUUCUUUAAUUCUUGCCAGACUUUCAACUCUUGCACAAUUUCAACCGUGAGUGGAGCAAAGAUUAUAAGGAUUUUGUGAGAGUGUUUUUUCGGUGGGGUGAUAUGGUUUCGUCAAAUGCUACAUCAGGACAUGCAUGUCCAUCUAUAAAGACUACAUCAAAUGGGGUAUUUCAGGGUAAUAAUCCUCUUGAUUUUGCACUCCCUUUAGCCAUUUUGCAGAUAUGCUUGGUGAUUGUGGUAACAAGGGGUCUUGCUUUCCUGUUACGACCAUUGAGACAGCCAAGGGUGAUUGCAGAGAUUAUUGGAGGAAUUUUACUUGGGCCUUCUGCUUUGGGUCGAAGCAAGGGAUUUUUGCUGGCUGUAUUCCCAACCAGGAGUCUGACGGUGUUAGAUACCCUUGCAAACAUUGGCCUCAUUUUCUUUUUGUUUCUUGCUGGACUGGAGUUAGAUCUCAAAUCCCUUGGUCGAACUGGAAAAAAGGCACUAGCAAUUGCCAUGGCAGGAAUUAGCCUCCCUUUUGCUAUGGGAAUUGGCACGUCAUUUAUUCUCCGGUUAACCAUAUCUAAAGAUGUUAAUAGCACUGCAUUUCUUGUUUUCAUCGGGGUGGCACUUUCUAUAACUGCCUUCCCUGUCUUGGCACGAAUUCUGGCUGAGCUGAAGCUCUUAACAACUGAUAUUGGCAGAAUGGCCAUGUCAGCUGCAGCAGUAAAUGAUGUGGCCGCAUGGAUUCUUCUUGCUCUUGCCAUUUCUCUGUCUGGAUCUAAUACUUCUCCCAUUAUUUCAUUUUGGGUUUUCUUGUCUGGUUGUAUUUUUUUCAUUUGUUCAAUUCUAAUUGUGCCCCCAAUCUUCAAAUGGAUGACUAAGUGGUGCCAAGAAGGUGAGCCAGUUGAAGAGAUGUAUGUAUGUGCUACAUUAGCUGCUGUUCUGGCUGCUGGGUUCGUAACUGAUGCUAUUGGAAUUCAUGCUAUGUUUGGCGCUUUUAUUAUUGGAAUCCUGGUGCCAAAGGAAGGGCCAUUUGCAGGUGCUCUUGUAGAAAAAGUUGAAGAUAUUGUUUCUGGACUCUUCCUUCCAUUGUACUUUGUCUCAAGUGGACUAAAGACCAAUGUAGCGACAAUUCAAGGGCUCCAAUCUUGGGGCCUACUGGUUUUGGUUAUUUUCACAGCAUGUUUUGGGAAGAUUGUUGGCACUUUUGUGGUGUCCCUUUUAUGCAAAGUGCCUCUCCGUGAGUCUCUUGCCAUUGCAAUCCUAAUGAACACCAAAGGCUUGGUGGAACUCAUUGUUCUCAAUAUUGGUAAAGAUAGAAAGGUUUUGAAUGAUGAGACAUUUUCCAUUAUGGUUUUAAUGGCUCUGUUUACAACCUUCAUCACUACACCUCUUGUUACAGCUGUUUACAAGCCAGCACGAAGAGUAAAGAUGGCUGACUACAAGUAUAGGACAGUUGAAAGGAGAAGUUCAAAUACUGAACUUAGGGUUUUGGUCUGUUUCCAUGGCUCGAGAAACAUUUCAUCGAUAAUAAAUCUUCUUGAAGUGUCACGAGGGGUUGAGAAGGCUGAAGGGCUUUGUGUAUAUGCAAUGCACCUCAUGGAGCAUUCUGAGAGGACAUCAGCCAUAUUAAUGGUCCACAAGGCAAGGAAAAAUGGGUUGCCCUUUUGGAACCGGGGCCAGCGGUCUGGUUCUAACCUUGUUGUCGUGGCAUUUGAUGCUUUCCAGCAAUUGAGCCGUGUUUCUGUCCAGCCGAUGACUGCAAUCUCUUCAAUGGCUGACAUGCAUGAGGACAUUUGCACCACUGCUGAGAGGAAGAGAGUUGCAAUGAUCAUUCUUCCAUUCCAUAAACACCAGAGGAUGGAUGGCUCACUUGAGACAACUCGAACUGACUUCCAACUGGUUAACAGGAGAGUUCUUGGGGAUGCACCUUGCUCGGUUGGUAUUCUAGUUGACCGCGGGUUUGGUGGAACCACUCAGGUAUCUGCAAGUAACGUUUCUUAUGUUAUUACAGUCCUAUUCUUUGGAGGCCGUGAUGAUCGUGAAGCCCUUGCAUAUGGAGCUCGAAUGGCUGAGCACCCUGGUGUCAGUUUAAAGGUUAUUCGCUUCUUAGUGAAACCUGAAGCUGGAGAGAUAUCCAGAGUUGACAUGGAUGGUAGUUCUAGCACCAGAUUGGGAUCAUUGGAUGAAGAUUUCAUCUCAGAGUUGAAGCAGAAAAUGUCCAAGGAUGACUCUGUGAAACUUGAAGAGAAAUUUGUUGGAAAUGCUGCAGAAACUAUCGAUGCAAUCCAUGAGGCACGCCACAGCAAUCUUUUCCUGGUGGGCCGAUUGCCUGAUGGUGAAAUAGCCUUAGCUUUAAGGAGUAGUAGUGACAGUCCAGAACUGGGGCCUGUGGGGGGGCUGCUGGCCUCUUCUGAUAUCUCAACAACAGCGUCAGUUUUGGUUGUCCAACAGUACAGUAGCCAAGUGUCUUUGGAUUUAGCUUUGCAGAUUGGGUAAGAGUUUUUGGGAAAAGAUUCAGAAUAUAACUAUGGGAUUUUAGUUUUGUGUCUAGUUAAUGUUUAGUCAGAAUGUAAUGAGUUGCAACAAUCAUUUUCCAAGCUCGUCACAUGGC